AUGUCACGUCAAGCUGUCAUCGAUGCUCUAAAACAAUUUACUACAACAACAAUGUUAUCAUUAACUGCAUUAUCACGUGAUGUACUCAGCACUUAUAUAGACAUGUCUAUUGAACAAUUUCAGAAAAAUACACUAGACAUUUACCAUUCACAAUAUCAUUUUAUGUUAUCUCUUGUCUCAGAACAUCGUUUUAUAUCUGCAUUAAGAACAAAUUUCUAUACAAGAAGUGUUCCUGGUAGUAAUAUUUCUGUAACUUAUCCUGCCAUUUAUCCACAACAACUCGAUCUAACUCAGUCGUCACUCAUAUCGAAUAAAACAUGUCGAUGUGAUCAUACAAAUGAUUGCAUUUAUCCUGCUGGCAUUUAUAAUCAAUCGCGAUCUAUCAUUCCAAAUGAAGUCUUUUCUCUUGAUGCACCACCUCUAUUCAUGAUACCAGGAUUUCAAGUAGGAUGUAUACCACAAAAUGCAUUGUUUCAAUCAACAUUGGAAUGCUUUUAUAAUCAAUCAUGUUUAGAUAUUGUGAUUUCGUUGACUGAUGCUCUUCGUACUGCCUCAGUUCUAAAUAUUUCAAACUCUUCUUCACGAUUCAGUCCAACAACAACUAUUACUGUUCUUUUUGAUAAUCUAAUGAUUGAGUCUUGGGAUAAUUUUACUGAUUUCACUACCUAUUUCCAAAUUUGUGCACCCAAAACCUGUUCAUAUUCAUAUGUACAACGUUUUUUUCUCAUUUACGUGGUCACAACCAUAGCUAGCGUCUUUGGUGGAAUUCGUGUAGCAUUACAUACAGCAUCUCCAUUAUUUGUCAAAUUCAUUUUACGUUUAUGUUGCCAACGGGAUCCAGUACAAGAAAUUGAAGAAAAAAAUGAAUCAAAAAGAAAUUUCCAAGAUCGUAUAUGGAAAUUCUUUAAGUUAAUUCGUCACAAAGUUAUCACAUUGAAUUUGUUUAAAACAACUUUCAUCAAUGUUCAACAUGGAAUUUAUGCUACUCGUGUCUAUAUCAUAUUACUGAUGUGUGGUAUUUAUAUUUUGACUCUUUACUCUACUAACAUUGUUAGUUCACAACAAAUCAUUGUCAGAAAUCCAAGUCUGAAUGAAUUUGAACAUCUUUAUGAUAUGAACAUAUCAACUCUAUCAUGUCCAUGUCAUAAUUCAUUGAUACCACGUUCAAAAUUCAUAUCCAUUGAAGUAACACUUCAUCCAUUUUGUUCAAGUAGUUUUAUUCGUGAUGAUCGUUGGUUCCAAUAUUGGACAAUGACAUUUCUUAAUGGUAGCAUCGAUCCUAAUCCACCAUUUUAUUGGACAGAUUUUCGCAAGAAUGGAUUAAAAUUUUUUAAUUAUGUUAAAAUAUUAUGUGACUUUGCCAAUAUAACUUUGUCUGACAUAAUGAAUUCAUUUCAAGAAGAGUAUUUUUUCUCUUCUCAACCUAUUACUCAACUAGAAUUCGAUGGAACAAAUCAUGAUUGGGAAUAUUUAGUUCAAACUCAGGUAGAAUAUAAUGAAACAAGAUAG